CCAAGCGUACUGAGCUGUCCUGGACAACUUUGAAACAGGUAUGAGAUAAUGCAGUACCUGCAAAACGUUGCAGGCUGCAAAUUACCAUUACCAAAUGAUGUAAACGAUGUAUUUCUGCGACUGGACCCUAGCAACGAGCAGCGUGUUCAGGCUUUGGUCUCGUGCGAUGCGGUUCUGCGCCCGCUGCUCGGAACCGAUGCGCGCUCGGGCUUCUCGCUAGGCGAUCCCAUCGACCUGUUCUGGGCAGGUGACAGUGGCGCCGGGCCACGGCGGUGCUUCAACAGCGAACGCAGACAUUAUAAAGAUUUCUGCUGGGACCCCUGGUCAGCCGCGCUGUACUUUGUGUGCGGUCAGGCAGUGCUGAAGCUGCUGGGCGAUGAGUUGGAGCGCGAGCUGGUGGCGGGAAACAUACAAGAAGGAGGCGAAGCGGACGGCGAGGGCCCGGCAGCCCGUUUCUAUUUGCCGCACACACUGGUGUCCGACGGCGCCGGUAGCCUGUUGGUCGUCGAUGGAAGUGGCAGUAACCGCAUCCGGAGGCUGCAGCUUCCAGCGGCAUGGCAGUGCGCGGGUAUCACUGCUGCCGCCACGGGUGGCAUGGUGGCAGGUCCCCGGAUGCCCGCUGGCACGGCCGCAGCAGUGGGAGGCGCAGUAGCAGCCGCAUCGGCAGUCACGGUCACAACUUUGUUGACAGACGCACCUGAGUACCUAUACAGCGCAUCCCGCGUGCCAUCGCAGCCGCAGGAGCAGCAGGGGCCCGCUGCGGCGGGUGGCCAGGGCGAAAGCAACGGCAACAACACUAGCAGCGGCGGCGGCGGUGGCGGUGGCGUCAAUGGCGGUAACGUUAGCGGUAGCGGUGGCGGUGCAGGCAGCGGGUGGGUGGUGUACGCUUCUGACAACGGUUUCUACCGCCUGCCGCUCCCACUACCGCCGCCGCAGCCUGUCCCGCCGGCACCUGCGCCUGCAGCUGCAGCUGCUGCUGCACCCGGAGGCGCGGCGACACCACUGGCCUUGCAACGCCUGGAGCUGACUGAUGCUUAUGACGGUCGGGGCGCGGGGCCUGAGUUAGACUUUGGGGACUUGCAGGGCGAUGCGCAAGACGUGGACGCCGAAGGAUUCAUUUACAUCGUGGAUUUGCACCGCCGCCUGUGCCGCGUGUCACCAGGAGGCCGUGUAGACACACUCAUGACGGGGUUGCCGGAGUGUGCUUCAUGCUACGCCGUCCUGCCAAACGGGUUCCUGGCCCUCGGCGCAGCAGAUUACCGCGAUGGUAAUUACAGCCUCAUUCUGCUGGACCUCGGGUUGCAGCCGCUACUGCCACAGAUGCCUGUUACAGCAGCAGCGGCGGCUGUAGCUGCGCCGCCGCCGCCGCGCAGCCUGCCCGCCGACCUGGGCGCGCUGCUGGACGUGCAGCCCGACGGCACCGCAGACCUGACCGUCCGUGUGGGCGAGCGCCGCUUCCACUGCCACCGCCUGAUCCUGUCCGCGCGCUGCGACUACUUCAGGCAGCGGCUGGUGGGCGACGGCUUUGCGGAUGCGCGCGCGGCGGAGCUGGAGCUGCCGGAUGCGGACGCCGACGCCUUCGCGCUGCUGCUGCGGUGGCUGUACACUGGGAGCGCCACCGUAGCGGUCGAUCAGUCGUGCGGCGUGGCUGAGCUGGCGGACCGGCUGCUGCUGCCGGAGCUGCUUGGUGUGGCGCUGGCGGUGGUGGCGGAGUCCGUGUCGGCCGCGACGGUGAUUGACAAGCUGCUGUGGGCCGCGGGCUGCUGCGAGACGCGCGGCGAGGGCUUUGGCGGCCUGCUGGCGCAGCUGAAGGCGUGGUACGUGCAGCACCACGAGCAGGUGGCGGCGGAGGCGGGUGCCGGCCGCAAGCGCCUGGCGUCAGAGGCGCCUGAUCUAAUGAUAGAGCUGAUGGACGCUGCGUUGGUGUGGGAGCGGACUGCGGGGGCUAAGCGGGCCAGGCGCAGCUAGCGGCUAUGCGGCAUGGCUGGACCAGGACUGACGAGCUGGCUAGCUGUUCGAGAGUGUGGGUAUCCGCCGUACAUACAGUGCAUUCAUCUUAGGGCCUGGUGGCGGAAUGCAUCUUUCCUAGGGUCUCAUGACGGUGGAGCGAAGCACAGCAGGGUCUUUCUUUGCCGCCAUGGCCCGGCAGCAGCCGCAAAGCAUGCACGAGAGGCGAGAGGGAGAGGUGGAAUUUACAAUCGCAUGCUGGCGUUGUGAGCUUCAGUUUAGGUCUGUUGGCAUGUGGACACGGUUGUUGAAGAACUCAUAGGAUGGUUUGGCGAUUAGGCCAGAAUGAAGUAGGCGCUCACGGUGGAACUUGCUGAGGCCUUGGGUACUGGUGGACGGUGGAUGGGGAAGAGCGGGUACGUGGGGGGGGGGUGGCGACACGAUGGUGCAUGCCCUGACAACUUACGUAGCCUCACGAACUAAGUUGCCUGGACUCCUUUGAAACACAGCUUAGCUCACGCGCCGCUAGAAGUACCCUGGCCCGGCUCAAUGUGAGGACCUGGGUCGGCGUUGCAGGCAUGGAAGCCGGGGCGCCUGGGGGCCGGGCCGGUGUCUCGGCGGUUGCGGAGACCCAGCGUUCGAGGCGGCGAGGGAAGUGUGUGCCCGGGUCAUCCUGCGCCACAUCUCGGUCCACAACUGCUGCGAGCUCCUGGCGUUGGCGCGGGGGGUGGAGGGCGCCGCGUUCGCACCCAUAGCCGCCGCCUGCCUGCGCUAAGCCGUCAACAGCUUUGAGACGCUGGUGGGGCUGCGUGAUGCGGCCACACUGCGGGCCUGCCUGGGGCCGGACGUGCACGACAGCCUAGCGGUAGGUGGCAGUGGGGGGAAGGGAGGGGGGCCGGAGGGGGAGACACGGCAUACGAAGUGAGA